UUUCCUCUUCUCUCUUAUCAAAGCAGCCAUUGAUCGGAGACCGGAGACCGGUGACCGGAGAUCGGAGACGUUGUUCAAGCUCUGAAGAACCAGUAAUAGAAUAACGAACUAUUCAAUUCGAGCAAGUUUCACAACUAAAGUUUUAAUCUUUAAUCGGACAAAUGGAGCAGUAUUAUGAGGAAUCUAUGAUGUUCGAUACAAUUUCAUUGAAGAACUGUAAAUCUGUAUCGUCCAAAAUGGAAGAAGAACAAGAAACAAGAGAAGAAGUCAAUCUUUCUGGUGGAUUUGAUUGUAAUAUCUGCUUAGGUCUUGUUCAGGAUCCAGUGGUAACACUUUGUGGUCAUCUCUAUUGUUGGCCUUGCAUUUACAAAUGGAUUUCAUCGAACAAAACCGAGCCACAUAAUCCACAAUGUCCUGUAUGCAGAUCAGACAUUUCAGAGAAAAUGUUAAUCCCACUUUAUAAUAGUCAAAACCAGUCUGCAAAACCAUCUAAUGAGAAUUCUUCAAAUCUAGGCAAUGUAAUUCCCAACAGACCUUCAUUUCCUCAUGGAGCCACAAUCUCACAACAACAACGGCGACAACAGUACUCGCCUCCUCAAAGUGGUGGAUUUCAAUCAAUUCCCAUUUUCGGUGUUGGAAGAUCUUCUGGAGAUGGAGAAUACAUUACGACAGAACCCAUGUUUGGAAUGUAUGGAGAAAGGGUUUAUGCUAGAUUUUUUGGGAAUUCGGAAGCUUCGGUAUUGAAUUCGUAUAAUCAUCAUAUUGAGGAAAGUGGUAAUCCUAGGUUGAGAAGGCAUUUGUUGGAGACAGAUAAGUCAUUAGACAGAGUAUGUCUGUUUCUUUUCUGUUUUGUAAUCUUUUGCCUUUUGUUGUUCUGAAAACUUUUAUGCUAAAUUUUUAAACUUCCAACAUUGUAUACUUUGUAUAGGAUUAAACACAACUUCUUAUUCAGCUGGAAAUAUAUCUUUUUUACAUUCUUGCUGAUA